CCCGCCGCCGCCUCCCGCCAUUUUACCCAGUUCCCCUGACCCCUGCCUCUCAUCUCUCCCCACCCCUUCCCUGGACUCUCUCUCUCUCGUCUUUCCCUCUCCGUGCGUGAGCUAUGGCGACCAAUCGCGGCGGCGGCAACAGCAGCCCUCCCAACAACUCCGUGUCGUCGCCCGAUGUCCGGCCAUCGAGCCCGCUCCCAGCCACCAACUCAUCCCCUCCCCAGUCCACGCGGCGCGCCGUCGGGCGCCGCCGCCGGGGCUCUGCCAGCCCGUACCCUUCAUCCCCCUCUCUCGGGGGGUUCGAGACGCCGCCGCCACCCGGCCGCUCCACGCCGUCCGGCGCUGGGCCCACCCGGCAGCGCCAGAACUGGACCGGACGGUUCCCGCCAACGCCGUCCACUCCAAUGUCCACGGACGACGUCCCGAUGUCCUCCGAAGCCGGGGAUGAGGACACCCCGGAGACCGACGGCGGUGGCGCCGGCGUCGACGCCACCCCGGUCUUCGUCUGGGGUACUAACAUCAGCGUGCAGGACGUUAACGCCGCCAUCCUGCGGUUUCUGCGCCACUUCCGGGACCCCCGCGACGCCGGCCGCGUCGACCCGGUCAUGGAUGAGGGCAAGUACAUGCGCGCCAUCCACCGCAUCCUCGAGCUCGAAGGUGGGGAGUCGCUUGACGUGGACGCACACGACGUGUUCGACCACGACCCUGACCUAUACGGCAAGAUGGUCCGGUACCCGCUCGAGGUGCUUGCUAUCUUUGACAUCGUGCUCAUGGAUCUCGUGGCGCGGAUUGAGCCACUGUUCGAGAAGCAUAUUCAGACUAGAAUCUACAACCUCAAGUCGUCGAUUUGCUUGAGGAAUCUUAACCCAUCAGAUAUUGAGAAGAUGGUGUCGAUCAAGGGUAUGAUAAUUCGGUGCAGCUCAGUCAUACCGGAGCUGAAGGAAGCUGUGUUCCGCUGUCUUGUUUGUGGCUUCUACUCAGAGCCUGUCAUGGUUGAUAGAGGGAGAGUAACUGAGCCGCAAAGAUGUCAGAAAGAGCAAUGUAAAGCAACAAAUUCUAUGACGCUAGUGCAUAAUCGUUGCAGAUUUUCAGACAAGCAGAUCAUAAAGUUGCAGGAAACACCAGAUGAGAUACCAGAAGGUGGUACUCCUCAUACAGUUAGUGUAUUGAUGCAUGAUAAGCUUGUUGAUGCUGGAAAGCCUGGAGACAGGGUUGAGAUCACUGGGAUAUACAGGGCCAUGAGUAUCAGAAUUGGACCAAGUCAAAGGACAGUGAAGUCAAUAUUUAAGACAUAUAUUGAUUGCCUUCACAUAAAGAAGACAGACAAGUCUAGGCUUCAUAUUGAAGAUGGUAUGGAUACUGAUAGCACCAAUGCUAGCAAGACUUCUGAAGAUGACUUUGUCAGAGAUAAGAUUGAGAAAUUAAAAGAGCUUUCAAAGUUGCCUGACAUCUAUGACAGAUUGACUAGAUCACUGGCUCCAAACAUAUGGGAACUGGACGAUGUUAAGAGAGGACUCCUUUGCCAACUUUUUGGUGGGAAUGCUUUGAGGCUUCCAUCUGGAGCAAAUUUCAGAGGUGACAUCAACAUUUUGCUUGUUGGUGAUCCUGGGACGAGUAAAUCCCAGCUUCUCCAGUACAUGCAUAAACUUUCUCCUCGUGGUAUUUACACGAGUGGAAGAGGCAGUUCGGCAGUUGGUCUUACUGCUUAUGUUGCGAAGGAUCCUGAAACUGGUGAAACUGUUCUCGAGAGUGGUGCACUUGUUUUGAGUGACAAAGGUGUUUGCUGUAUCGAUGAGUUUGAUAAGAUGUCUGAUAAUGCCCGAAGCAUGCUUCAUGAGGUGAUGGAGCAGCAGACUGUAUCCAUUGCAAAGGCUGGAAUAAUUGCGUCUUUAAAUGCUAGAACAUCUGUUCUAGCAUGUGCAAAUCCGUCUGAAUCACGUUAUAAUCCAAGGCUUUCUGUCAUAGACAAUAUCCACCUUCCUCCAACACUGCUGUCAAGAUUUGACCUGAUUUAUCUUAUCUUGGACAAGGCAGACGAGCAAACUGAUAGACGCUUGGCUAAGCAUAUUGUUUCAUUGCAUUUUGAGAAUCCAGAUGUAGAGGAGCACCAGGUCUUGGAUUUGCCCACGUUAGUUGCAUACAUAAGCUACGCAAGGAAGUAUAUUGAGCCACAGUUAUCUGAUGAAGCAGCAGAAGAAUUGACCCGUGGCUAUGUUGAGAUGAGGAAAAGAGGGAACAGCCCUGGGAGCCGAAAGAAGGUAAUCACUGCAACAGCUAGGCAAAUUGAGAGCUUGAUUCGUCUCAGUGAAGCACUGGCUCGAAUGCGGUUCUCAGAAGUGGUAGGAGUGCGAGAUGUUACAGAGGCCUUUAGGCUUCUUGAAGUCGCGAUGCAGCAAUCUGCUACUGAUCAUGCAACAGGGACGAUUGAUAUGGAUCUAAUCAUGACGGGAAUAUCUGCAAGUGAAAGGCAGAGGCGUGACAAUCUUGUUGCAGCUAUCCGAAACCUUGUCAUGGAGAAAAUGCAGCUUGGAGGGCCCUCAAUGCGUAUGAUUGAGUUGCUGGAAGAAUUAAGGCAACAGAGCUCCAUGGAAGUUCAUCUGCACGAUGUUCGUGGUGCUCUUGGCACUCUGAUGAGUGAGGGAACCGUAGUUAUGCAUGGAGAUAGUUUCAAGAGGACCUGAUAUGUUAUCAUGUAGGAUCCAUGGCAUCAAGCGGUGGAUAUCACCAGUUCGAUCAACCAUGUCCUUGAGCUGAUCUUUCUACCUCUGCAAGAAUGGUGAAGAUCUGAUAUACUGGAGUGCUAACCUGUUUGGUCAUUUGAUGGCCCUGAUUGGGUAACUUCCUAGAUAGAGGUGUAUCAUGUGCUGUAGAAUUCUUAAACGUGCCUCUUGCUAUUGUUAUUUCUACGUCAACACCAUUUUAAUCCGAGGGACAGUUUUGUUAAUCUGGCUAACAGCUGCAGUAACCAUGACGCAUCAAUCUUU